AUAGAUUAGUGGAUUAACAUCCCACCUAAAUCGUACUUCGGAAAAUCUCCAAGCUCCGAAGCAGAUCAAUCAAUUAAUCCGUGAGUUACGAUCAUUUAAACAGAGAUGUCCAAGAUCCAACAAUCUACUUUUAACAGUACUGGUAGAAAUCCAGACUUGACAGGGAGCUUAAUCGUUAUCUAAUUAUUAUUCCCAUCAUCCAGUCAUGGGGCUGACUCCAGAAGGCGCACCGCCAAAGGUCGCUUUUGUUACAGUCGGCGCGACUGCAACUUUCAAAGAGCUCAUCGAGGAAGUGUUCGCAUCACAUACUUUACAGGUACUAGUCCAGGAAGGAUAUACGAAACUAAGGGUACAAGCUGGGCCCGAUGCCGAAUACUGGAAAAACAACAUACCAGCGGAGAAGGGAUCUGGACUCGAGAUCGAAGUGUUCGAUUUUGACCGUAACGGUCUAGGGCACGAAAUGCGACAAUGUAAAAAGGGAGGAUUUCAUGGCACGGGGGAGAGUUUAGAAGGUGUAGUGAUUUCACACGCUGGUUCGGGAACAAUUCUGGAUGCACUCCGAAUCGACGUACCCCUCAUUGUAGUGCCCAAUACUUCACUCCUCGAUAAUCAUCAGGUAGAGUUGGCAGAUGAGCUGGAAAGACAAGGCUACGUCACCAAAGCAUCGGGACCCAGGGGCUUAGAAGAUGCCAUUCGCAAAGUAGAGAGAAGGAAGAAUGGCAAGCCGGGCGGUUCGAAAGAUUUGCAGGGACGUAAGAAUUGGAGGGGACGCGAAAAUCCUAGUAUUGCACCAGUACUCGACGAAGCUGCCAAUUAUGAAGAAGAGGUUAGAAGUGUAUUGGACUAGUUUUAGAGGAAGUCUCAAGUAAAUUUUGAUGAAUUUAUGAUGGUGAGCGGAGUUAUUGGGAGGGGCCCGGUUUAUUUUGGCCAUUGUAGUUGGAUUGGAUUGCAAGAUACCCUCAAUUUCAUAUGAUUGUUUUGUGAAUUUAACAUAAUAAGAAAUCUGUCAAAGAAGAUCUCGGAAUGUCAGAC